UUACAAUUUACUGCAAAUUGCUGUCGCGACCUCGCAGUAGCAGACACAUGUCUGGCAACCUUGCAACUAUUCAACACUUGAGCAGGGAGAGCCACACUGACGCCACUGAUCGCUAAAGGCAAAGGACAAGCGCUGCUACGACUGUUGUAAGCAAAGACUUGACGACACCUCAGUCACAUGAUGUACAGACGUGAUGUCCCACAAGAGCCCUACUUGUUCUCAAGCGAUGAGGACAUCGGAUACUCGCACUCAGACAAGAAACACAAAAGAAACUCAAUCAAGAAAUCCCCAAGCCGUAGAAUGGCCAACUCACACUCGACCGUUUCACUACUAGAUUUCGACAGAGACUAUUUAUCGAGAGAACGCUCGUCAGAUCCAAGGGUCAAAGUUCAUAAGAGGGGUUUUGGUUUCGUGGGUCUAUUGCGGAAGUACGAGGAAUGGAUCGGGAAGGCCGGUGUGAUUAAAAUGAGUCUUAUGGGCCUGGCCCUUGGUUUGCUAUGUGCCGUGGUGUUCCGAGGGUUGGUACAGCUAGGAGCAAUGAAUAGCCAGAGAGACAAUCUUCUGCACUGCCCCUCCGACGAGCUAUGUAUCGAGUCCUAUCAGCUCCCGCUACCUCUGGCCCUAGCGAUCAAGAUGAAGGAAUUACUCCAAACAAGAGCUGGUGGCCAUGACUGUGGGGUCGCGACCUCUAGGAACACCACCCUACAUGAGCUGAGUCAGCAGUUAUCAAUGGAAGAGUAUGAGAUUAACAGCGCUGUACUGAAGAACACUAUGUACCUGACUCUGUACAACCCACACUGGGGGAUCAGGUGGCUGGACAAAGAUGGUAACAACAAGACACGCUGGAACUUCCCCAAUAACUCUGAUAUCCUCGAGUCCAUCCUCCCUCACAUGACCUGGCGAUGUCGUCUCUCCCUUGCUCUGGGCUCGUUAUGGCCUGUCCUGCGCCUACUAGUCCUGGUAGGGGUGGGUGUGGCCUUCUUAGUGGGCGUGGUGGGAUGGUACAUGGUUGGUAGAGAACAAGAGAAGAAGCACGUCUAUAUGAUGGUGGAAAGGAUAAUGGACCUGCUUAAACGUCACUACAAUACGAGCUCUCGUGAGAAGGACCUCCUCCCCUACCUGGCCAUCGUACACGUCAGGGACACUCUCAUACCCCCCUCCGAGAGGAUACGGAAAAAAAGUGUAUGGAAUAAAGCAGUUGAGUGGAUAUCAAAAAACGAGAGUCGAGUACGUGUUGAAAACUGCCGAAUUGCUGGGGAAGAUCUCUUAUCAUGGAGGUGGAUACAAGAGGACCCUCCAAAGACAGAGGAGCCUUCGUCAGUUCCCAUGGAAACAGCGGCAGCCCCCAAUACUCCGGACAGUGGGCCUGGCAAAGAGUGGUCUCGAUGGACGGCUAUUGAUCACUAUGGGGCUCAAAAUGGGGACAAGGUAGCUCCACCAGUAGGCAUCCCAUCACCUUAUAUCAGACUCAAGAAUAUGUUCGACACCGUCAGGAUGGAUGAUGAGCAAGCUAAACGAAUAGAGAACUCAGUACUGAAACGGUGCUCUCCACAGGGACCAGUGAUGCACAUCUAUGUGGACAGAAAGUCAACCUUUGGUUGUGUGUACCUGAAGAUGGACAGUAUACAGUCAGCCAAUAAAGCGUACCGAACCUUGCAUGGUGGCUGGUACAAUGGUAGACUGGUGACAGCCAAGUACAUCGAGGAGUCUCGCUACUUGAAAUGGUUCCCUCAUUCUGCCACUAGCAAACAACCUCUAGUACACUCGUAGCUCUAUAGGAACAUUCUUCUAGCUCAAUUAUUAUUAUCUUUGUAUAAUACGGAGAAUUUUAAUUUACCGUCUUCUUCUGUAAUUAGAAUCUGUCCGCUAUAAUCUGCUCUCUUACAUAAUAAUUAUAAUUAUUGCGUCAAUCAAUCAAUUAUUCUGCUGUGUG